GACCAUAUAUAUGAGCAUCUUUGCCAGUGUGUACAUCGCGUUUGUUUGUGCAACGAAGGGUACCAUGUGAUAUGUUUGGUUACGUUGAUCGUGUGAAAGUGACACUUGCACAUUUGUGGAUGUGUUUACGUGGAAGACACACGAAUUAUGUGUGUACAUUGAUAAAUGUCCAUGCCUAAAGCAAUGAUUAAGAUAACUGUGUUUGGAACGACAAUUUGUCUCCGGCACUGUAACAGCAAAAUCCAUUACGAAACUGUGGAGUUACUUCGUAAAAUGGCUCUGCAAUCCAUUAACCGUGAUUAUAAAACUCUUGGCAGUGUUCGUAAGUCUUUUGUGGACAAUGGGCUUUAUAAUAGAGUGACGAUAAACCAUAAAAAAUUGGAAGCCUAUGCUGAGCAAGCAGUCCGUUUAUUAAUGCAAGACUGUGUGAUAGCGGUACCUACUGACACAGUUUACGGUCUAGCAGGUGCUGUUCAGAGUGAAGAUGCUGUUGAAAAACUGUACAAAAUAAAAGGUCGGGAUGCAGCAAAACCAAUUGCGAUCUGUGUUAGUUCUAUCAGCGAAAUGGAAAAGUGGGCAGACACAAGCAUUCUUCCUCCUGCCCUCUUACAGUGUAUUCUUCCAGGACCCUUUACAAUCGUCCUCAAAAGAUCAAAAACUUUAAAUGCUAAAUUUAAUCCUGGAAUCCCGAACGUCGGUAUACGCAUUCCACAAGACAGAUUUAUAGUUGAAGUUGUUAAAAAGUUCGGAGAACCUAUUGCUCUUACAAGUGCAAAUAGCAGUGGAGAACAGAGUGCAAUUGAAGUAGAAGAAUUCUCUCACUUGUGGCAAUAUGUAGAUGCAGUUUUUGAUGCUGGCAAAAUUCCACAAGAAAUCCGCACUGGCUCUACAGUUGUAGAUUUAAGUGAACACGGUAGUUUUAAAAUAAUCAGAGCAGGUGUAUCUUGUGAUGCCCUGAGGCAUAAGCUAUUUCAGUUUAAAUUAUUGGAACGUAAUUAAAACUUUUAGCCGCUGAGAGAAGCAGCUUGCAAGUGCAAAGUGCAUUGCAGAAGUAUUUAUUGUACAAGGUGCAAAAAUGGAAACUUUUGGAUAUUUCUGCCUUUGUGGUGACUUAUUUAAGAAACCAAGUGGCAUACUUCAAUAAUUGUGAUUCUUCAAUUUUUGUAAUGUCGAAGUGUAUGAAUUAGCUUACCUUUUUGAUGAUAGUGUUAUCUACAAAUUAUUGGAUGUUGUAUCAUGAAGUACUGCAGUGAUUUUUCUCCAACUGUUAAAAUAUCUACUGCGUUUAAAAUGAAAUGGUGUGAAUAACAUAUCGGUUUCUGUUUAUUUCCAGUUGUUUUACACUCCAUAAUGACUUGGCAUUUGUGAAUUUAGCAGAUGAUGUAAUUUUAAGUUUAGUUCAAUAAGAAAUAUACCUGUGAUACAGUUUAUAUAAAUGUGUAAACCCA